AUGUCUGAAGAGGAGGAUGUACAACAAGAUGUCGCUGAAGAUGGUGAUCCACUAUGUAUGACAAGAAAAUUAAUGGGCAUGCAUCUAACGCCUACUGAUUCCAAUGCCAGCUAUAAAAUUACUAGAGGCUGCGCUAUAACAAAAGGAAAAAUUAACGAUAUUAAUGGGAUUUUAACGAUUGAUACAGGUGCAGGAGUAACAAUAAUGAAUUAUCAAGAUUGGAUAAUCAUCGGUGGCACUUCACAAGAUAUUCAUCCAUAUUCUGGGUCAGAUAUCGUUGGUCCAGAAGGAAGCUCUAUAGAACCAGCAGGCUGGAUUGAUGUAAAUAUCACAGUUGCUGCACAGACAACACGCCACUCAUGCAUCCUAGAACAAAAAUUCAAUCAAUUAAUAUUGUUGGGAACAGAUUUUCUGUACAAAACAGGAAUUAUAUUGGACAUUCGCGAUGGAAGAUUAUGGCGAAAAUCAACACCACUCGACAAAUACCUAUUAAGUACAGAUCUUCAUCAAGCUGGUCGUUUGAAUGUUCCGGUUUAUGCCACAGAGAAACGAAUUCUUCCACCAUGUCACGCAACAUAUAUAUCCGUCCGCCCACCACUACAGUUUAGCUCGGACUCAUGGGAAGCUACUACUACAGCCACUCCCAGCCGUAUAUCCGUUGCUAAUUGUUUAGUGGUCGUCCACAACAAUUCAACAUCAUUAAAAAUAGCGAAUUUGACACCUGUUCGGCAAAUAAUCACCAAAGGACAAAGAGUGACUGAUCUCGACCCAUGGUAUAAACAAUGGACAACAACUUCAACAGGAAUUCUCGAUCCACCACAACAUCACCAACUUGCUGUCAAAAUUAAUGAUUAUAUUAAUCAAACAUGUGCACCUGUUUUGAGGCAAAUAGAUCGGAGUAUUUGA